UUCCCAAUUUCCGCCACGACCCAGAUUGCUUUCCCCCUUAAUUUCACCUGCUACGCCUAGCUUAGCAAGUCUCGUUUUUUCUCCUCCAUCUCCACGGAUUUCACCAUCCCCUCCCUGACAACUUGUUUGCCCAUAGCCGAGUGAAAUUUUUGGUGGGGUAAAUUAAGGGCAAUUUUGCUCUUGUCACACGCUUUGAAUCCUUCCCUCCCCCAGAUUACGACAAUUGGGAAAGGAAUUAUUCAUUAAACAAACACUCCCCCCUGGCCCCUGUCAGUCGAAUCACGCCAAGAAUCAAUCAGCCUGCCAUUCUUUCAGAAAGCAAUAAAGAAACAAAGUCGCUCACUCUCCUAUUUCUGAUUUGGAAGCGUCUCCUUCUUCCGGGUUCUCGCUUGCAAAGCAGCUGCCUAAAGAGGCGGGUGGAAUUUCGUGACGAUAUCAGGUUUUUCUUAAUCGCACCCUUAUUCCUGCAUUGCUUCGAUCUAUCGUUGUCGGUGGUGGGUGUUCCUUGUCUGUUUAUGCGGUCAUAUUUGUGGGGAGUAGGGAGUGAAUUCAAGAUCUAAUGAAGGUCUGGGUCUUUUUAUAACGUCCUGAGGGAUUUGCGAACGUAUUGGUAGAUGAAAAUGGAUAUGAAUGGGGAAGGUCCAUCGGGCGGGGGUUCCAGUUCGGAUCAGUUACAGAAAGAGGGAUCUGAAGUUACCCAUGUCCAGAAAGUUCAGUUGGAUGCAUCUCAGCACGAGUUUCAUCCGAUGAAUGCAUUGGAGAUCCUGAGAGAAACAGUAAGGAUUCUCCGGUUCAAUGCCGCAUCGUUUAUGCUCAUUGCUACUUUCCUCGUAUGCCCAGUUUCCGCCCUACUGUUGUCCAAUGUGUUGGUUGAUCAAUCCGCUGUAAAGAGACUUACCAUUAGGUUGAUGUUGGUUGCCAAGUCGAGUGGUCUUCCGUUGAAGCCUUUCAUCAAACACUCGUGUCACCGUUUCGCUGAGAUGGUUGUUUCAUCAGCAAUGUGCUUCCCUUUCUUUCUCACUUUCUCCUUAUCAUCCAAAGCUGCUGUGGUUUACUCGGUGGACUGCACUUACUCGAGGAAAGAAGUUGACGUCUCCAAGCUUUUGGCGAUAAUCUGCAAAAUCUGGAAGAGGGUUGCUUUAACAUAUAUAUGGUCAUGCAUGGUGAUUUGUGGCUGUGUCACAUUAUUCGUUGUUCUUCUACUAGCUCUAUGUAGUACGUUUUCAGUGCUUGGUCUGUGGGCAGAGUUGAAUCUCUAUGCUGCAUUGUUGGUAGGGCUUGGUUUCUCAAUUGUUUUCGCCAAUGCAAUCAUUAUCUGCAACAUUGCUAUUGUCAUAUCUGUGCUGGAGGAUGUUUCAGGCCCACAGGCAUUGCUUCGGUCAAGCAUUUUGAUCCGUGGCCAGACUCAAGUUGGGCUUCUGAUAUAUCUCGGAUCGACUAUUGGUACAGCAUUUGUGGAAGGCUUGUUUGAGCAUAGAGUGAAGACGUUGAGUUAUGGAGAUGGGUCUUCCAGGAUAUGGGAAGGCCCCCUUUUGGUGAUCAUGUAUUCAUUUGUGGUGCUUGUUGACAUGAUGAUGAGUGCAGUUUUCUACUACAGUUGUAAAUCGUAUAGACUGGAGGCUGCGGAGGAAUGCCAGUCGAUGCUAGAGACCAUUAGUGUCUCCCCUGAUUCGGUUGAAGUUCAGCAACAUGGUGAAGCUUUCUCAAGUUAGCAAAAAGAGAAAACAACAACACUUUCUGAAGGUUAGGAGAGAACUUAGAAUGUUCACCUUCUGUGGAACUUCUGAUUAAGCAGCUGAUGGCUCACUGUUCUUCAGUUGACAUGGAAGCCAUUCAGUGACCGGCAUGGCAGGAAGCUUUAAGAAAUGAAGAAACUGUAAAACUUGGAUUAGUUAUAAGAUUGAGGAUGUGGACCGAAGUUGCCCUUUAGAAGGUGAACUCCAAAUUCUAUUUUAUUUUUUUCUCUUUAACUUUGCAUAUAAUGUUGUAUUGUUGUCUCACAUGGUAGAGAGAAUGCAGUCCGGAGAGGUAAAUUGUUUGUUUUAUACUCCAUCACAUACUUCAUCAGAAGAUGGUUGUUUCCAGUUUAGGUUGAGAGAAGAUUAUACAGCAUAUAUGGGUGAUUGAAACUGGAAAUGCUUCAUUCACUUACAUCACUCAUCUGUAAUUCUUUGUUAAGUCUUUCCAUCAAUGAAUCUCAAUUGUUCUG